GGGAAUAAAAAACGGAUCUGGACCUUUUUUGUUUUGCACUUAUACGUGUCUGGUACUGGUAUAGCACGCAGCUUACACAGCUUAUAAGAAAAGAAGAUUCUUUUGUUGGUUGACCGGGUAUGCAUGAUUCAUAAUAUAAUCCAGAUGAAAUGUUUUUUAGAUAUGUGAUGUGCUGAUCAACAAUGGAAGGUAUCAAUUGAAAUAUCUGUGGCUAUUCCCGAUUUCAUCAACAAACAAUCAAGUUCAAUAGGAAUAGAUGCAUUGUAUUGUACCCAAUUUGCAUCUGGUUCUAAUGAACUGAUGAAUAAUGGAAUUGUAAAUCCAUUGGUAGGCAGAAUCGCGGAUUUAAUUUACUUGACUUUAUCGAACGACUCUGGAAGCAAAAAAGCAGAAUAUGCCGAAAAGAAGCAUGCCACCCUUUUGUAUUGUUAUUGUUCUAUUUCAGUAAGAACAAACAACAAACAGUCUUUGGUUUCGGUCAGAAAUUUCUGUGAUGCCUUAAAAUAUCCACGAUUACCCGCGGUAACAGCUGUAUAUAUAACAUAACCCGAUGGAUACCAAAAGAUCAUGCUGCUUUGAUUCUGAUAUUCUCAAUCAGAUUCAAGAAUGAAUCGAGGACGUUCACUUUAUCUUAUUUACUUUACUGUGUCUUUUUUUAUUCAUUUUUUGACUUUUACUAUAUUUCUUAUUAUGUUUGAUGCUCAUGAACAAAGAAAUGAAAUUAGUUUUAGAUUUUGUUUCUCGUCCCAUUUAUCUGGUUUAGACAGUUGAUCUGGUUUAGACAGUUGAUGAUUUAAGGAAAAGCAAAAUUAAAUUUCAUGUUAUUAUGAUGAUCAAAAUGAUCAAAUUGACGUCUAAGAGAUAUCCGUAAUUACAGUUAUUCGUUGUGAUUGCACAGACUUGCUGAUUGAUUCAGAGAUCAAAUUGAGUCUUUACGGAAGAACUGCUUUCCACCAAUAGCAAUGAUGGCAAAGUACGAGAUUUUUUUAUGUGAAACCAUUUUUCAUGAAUCCUUGAUACUCGAUGAAGUCUGAGAUUAGUUAAUUUAUCAUUUACCAUCAAACCACUUUGGCCCUUUCUGGUUCAUUGGAAUGGCUUAAUCAGUUACUAACUCAUUCUUUUCCGGUAUUGGAAAUCCAAUUAAAGAUCUUUAGUUUAGCUUAGUCGUUCGAGCAAGAAUUGGCUCAUUUCACUCAUGACUGAUUGUCACAAAUGAUCAGGUUGUUAACUAACUUCUUGUUUAUUCGUCUUUCUUAUAAAUGGUGAAAUAAAUGAUUCAUACGCUAGAAUCAGGGGGCAAACUGGAUACUUGUUAGAUAUACAUAUGCGUCCAUGGAGAAUAUUAAAAAAUAGAAUAAAAGAUCAAUCAAUGACUAUUCAUGAUUUAAUUCCAUAUUGAAUCAAUCCCGUACCGAUUCCGAAUUAUAGGAAUUUUUGUUAUGGUAAAACUUCGUUUGAAACGAUGUGGUAGAAGGCAACGUGCGACUUGAAUGACAUGAUCGGCUGUGGAUUUUUACAUCCAUCAUCUUCAAUGAGGAUGCUCUUGGCUCGACAUAUUUUGUUCUGUUUCACCAUUACUCCACGAUGUUGGGUUGUAAUGUAAAUAAAAUAGUACAUGAUGGAGCUCGAGAAUAAAUGAUUAUCAGAGGCAGGAUCUAGGGUUAGUGCCAAUUAAUAAUUUGGAACGACUUCGUAAGUAUAUCUUCGAUAUAGAAAAGGUCAAAUUGGACCGACUUUUCUAUAAAAAAAAAGUUUGCUGUAAUUGGUGAGACUAUUUCGAUGAUAAAGAAGUGUAUCACAGGGGAAUUAAUGGAAUUGAAUCGUUCGUAUGAUUCUUCGACGUAAAGAAAUAGCCAAAAGGUAUGUUGCUGCCGUUCCGGAAGAUUAAAGAUCACCGAAGUAAUGUCUAAACCUAAUGAUUCAAGGAUAAGUGAUUCCAAAACAAGAAAACACCAUUUUCAAUGAUUGUCUCAAUCAAGUGGAUUGGAUCAUAAUAAGUAAGAAAUGGAAAUAUAUUCCAGACGAGACAAAAAAGGGGUUAUAGACCGCUCAAUAAAUAUUUAUUUAAGGAUUUUUUAAGGAUUUCUUUUUUAGUCCUUUGAGAAUUACCCAACUUGAGUUAUGAGGACGAAUGAUAUUUUUAUUUUAUAGGAAGGAAGAAGGAAAAAAGACGACUUCAAUCAUAAUUUAAUUGAUGAUUUCAAGGAUCCGUUUGCUAUAGAUUUAUAUCCAUCAAUUUUAAUCAUUCUUUCUCGAGCCGUAUGAGGAGAAAACUUCCUAUACGUUUCCAGGGGGGGGGGUAUUGCCCAUCGAUCUAUCCCAAUGAGCCACCUAUCGAAUCAUUGCAAUUGAUGUCAGAUCCCGAAGAGAGGGAAGAGAUCUUCGGAAAGUAGGCUUUUACGACCCGAUAAAGAAUCAAACUUAUUUAAAUGUUCCUGCUAUUCUAUAUUUCCUUGAAAAAGGAGCUCAACCCACGGGAACUGUUCAUGAUAUUUCAAAAAAGGCAGAGGUAUUUAAGGAACUUCGAGUUAAUCAAACAAAAUGAAAUUAAUGAAAUCAAAAGAUGGACCGGUAUAGUAGCUAGUUCUAGUUUUGUUUAAUUGUUUCUUCGCCACUCUCUUGCUAUAUUCAUACCUAUUCGCUAUUGUUCCUAUAUGGUUUGAGAUAAUGUAAGGACAAAGAAUGACAAAGAAUCUCUUUGUCUUUUUAUAUUUAUAUGAAUAUGAGAGGGAUAGAAAAAGGAUUAUAUUAUAUGUCAUAACUGAAAUCCAUGAAAUUAUGGGAUUACCAUUAAUCUGAUGGUUUUCCUUGGGACUCCCUCACCUCAAGAAACAAGAGGUGAAUCUUGGGGCCUAUAGUGAUAGUGAAUAAAUACGAUAUUCUUUUUUACCUACUUCUUCUUUACUUCACUUCAUUUUCAUUUCUUGUAGUGCCAAUCUAACACAAGGCCUUAUCUUAUUUAUAUUUAGUUUAUUUAUUGUAUUUUGUUUGAUUUGAUUUCCCAAUAUUUCGUUUGUAUUGACAAUGGUCUCUCGAACGAAUAGAAUACAAUAGAAUUCGAUCGUAGAUAAAUCGAUCUAUUCUUGCGGUUUCAUAGGUUUGGUUUUUUACUUCAUUCAAAGGAUUGGUUUGAGGGAUCGUCUGUGACACAGGAAGUCUUUUUUUUAUUUACUAAAGCUAUACUUAUCUGUGAAUCUGCUCUUCUUUAUUGUAUAGAUUUUUUAGAAUCAUAGUUUCUUCUAAACUUGCUGUUAUUCUUAUGCUUAUGUUAGUUCAAUGUUUUGACUUGACUGGUUCCGGUAAUUUUGACUUGACUGGUUCCGGUAAUCAAAUCUCUUGAUUUUUAUUUCGAUCGUAAUUAGAUCCUUAUCUGGGUUGCUAACUCAACGGUAGAGUACUCGGCUUUUAAGUGCGGCUAUGAUCUUUUACACAUUUGGAUGAAGCGGAUUCGUCCAUACCAUCGGUAGAGUUUGUAAGACCACGACUGAUCCUGAAAGGGAAUGAAUGGAAAAAACAGCAUGUCGUAUCAAUGGAUAACUCUGAGAAUACUUCAUUCUUAUCUGGUCAUAUCAGAUCGGUAAAAAAUGUCCUUUUGAUUCUUAGCUAGAACGGUUCAAAAUUCAUUCACAGUUGGGUCAAGUGAAUAAAUGGAUAGAGCUAUAUGGCUCCAAUUAUAAGGAAAAACCAAAAGCAACGAGUUUCCGUUCUUAUCUGAAUUCGAACGAAUACCCGAUCUAAUUAGACGUUAAAAAUAUAUUAGUGCCUGAUGCGGGAAAGGGCUCUCCUGCGAGUGGAUCAUUGAUUCCUUUAAAAAAAAAUCCUAACUAUUCACUGUUCUCCAUUAGUUACUGGAGUGUAACCAAAUGUGUAUAAGAAACGGUGUACUGAUAAAUAUAACUCAUUCCAAAGUCAGAAGAGCGAUCGGGUUGCAAAAAUAAAGGAUUUCUAAUACACAAUCUCUUGUAACUAUACCCAAACACGAACGAGUUGGAUGGAAAAAGAGAGGAUGCGUUGAUUAGACGUCUUGUCUCCAGGUAUAUCAGUUUUUAUGAUAUACCUUGUUAGGACCAUAUCGCACUAUGUAUUGAUUAUUUAAUAACCCAAGAAAUCCUCCCCCGCAUGCGGUUCAAGUUUCAUUGCAAACAAAUGGAUAAAUUGCAAGACGAAUUGCAAGGCUAUUUAGAAAUAGAUAGAUACCGGAAACAGCGCUUCUUAUAUCCACUUCUUUUUCGGGAGUAUAUCUAUGCACUUGCUCAUGAUCAUGGUUUAAAUAGUUCGAUUUUUUAUGAACCCACGGAAAAUUUAGGUUAUGACAAUGACAAUAAAUCUAGUUCACUAAUUGUGAAACGCUUAAUUACUCGACUGCAUCAACAGAAUCAUUUGACCAUUUCGGUUAAUGAUUCUAGGUUCGUUGGGCCCAACAGGAGUUUUUAUUCUCAAACGAUACCAGAGGGUUUUGCAGGAAUUAUGGAAAUUCCAUUCUCGGUGCGAUUAGUAUCUUCCCUAGAAAGAGAAAGAAUAGCAAAAUAUCAGUAUCAGAAUUUACGAUCUAUUCAUUCAAUAUUUCCCUUUUUAGAGGACAAAUUAUCACAUUUAUAUUAUGUUUCAGAUAUACUAAUACCCUACCCAAUCCAUCUGGAAAUCUUGCUUCAAACUCUCCGCACUCGGAUACGAGAUGCUCCUUCUUUGCAUUUAUUGAGAUGUUUUCUACACGAGCAUCAUAAUUGGAAUAGCCUUAUUACUUCAAAUAAAUCCAUUUCCAUUUUUCAAAGGAAAAUCAAAGAUUAUUCUUGUUCUUGUAUAAUUCUCAUGUAUAUGAAUGCGAAUCCGUAUUAGUUUUCCUUCGUAAACAAUCCUCUCAUUUACGGUCAAUAUCUUCUCUAGCCUUUCUUGAGAGAACACAUUUUUAUGGAAAAAUAAAACAUCUUGUAGUGACGCCUCGUAAUGAUUCUCAAAGGACCCUGCCCCUCUGGUUCUUCAAGGAACCUUUGAUGCAUUAU